AUGAGUGAAGAAAAUCUUUCUGAGGUUUCCAUUUCUCAGAGCCAACAGUAUGAAGUUACUGACUUCAGUCACAGACAUUCAAAACUAGCGCCACAUUUCAUCGGGUUAAACACUGUUGACAAAGUCGAAGAUUCUCCAUUAAAGGAAUUUGUUAAAUCACAUGGCGGUCAUACAGUCAUCUCAAAAAUCUUGAUCGCAAACAAUGGUAUUGCUGCCGUAAAAGAGAUCAGAUCCGUACGUAAGUGGUCUUACGAAAUUUUUGGCGAUGAAAGGACUGUACAAUUCGUAGCAAUGGCUACACCAGAAGAUCUUGAAGCAAAUGCGGAAUACAUCCGUAUGGCUGAUCAGUAUAUCGAAGUUCCAGGUGGAACAAAUAACAAUAACUACGCUAACGUCGACCUUAUCGUAGAAGUUGCUGAAAGAGCCGAUGUUGAUGCCGUUUGGGCUGGUUGGGGUCAUGCUUCCGAAAAUCCUCUGCUUCCAGAAAGAUUGGCUGCUUCCAAGAGAAAAAUCAUCUUUAUUGGUCCACCAGGUAACGCAAUGAGAUCUCUAGGUGACAAGAUUUCGUCAACUAUUGUCGCCCAACAUGCCAAGGUUCCAUGUAUUCCAUGGUCAGGUACUGGCGUCGAUGAAGUCCACAUAGAUAAGGAAACUAACCUAGUUUCUGUCGAUGAAGAAGUAUACCAAAAAGGUUGCUGUUCCUCUCCAGAAGAUGGUUUAAAGAAAGCUAAACAAAUUGGCUUUCCAGUGAUGAUCAAGGCAUCAGAAGGUGGUGGUGGUAAAGGUAUCAGAAAGGUCGAAAAUGAAGAAGAAUUCCUUUCAUUGUAUCAACAAGCUGCUAACGAAAUUCCAGGUUCUCCAAUUUUCAUUAUGAAGUUGGCUGGUAAAGCCCGUCAUUUGGAAGUUCAAUUGCUUGCUGAUCAAUACGGUACUAAUAUUUCUCUAUUCGGUCGUGACUGUUCCGUUCAAAGACGUCAUCAAAAAAUCAUCGAAGAAGCCCCUGUCACUAUUGCAAAGCCUCAAACAUUCACAGAAAUGGAAAAGGCAGCAGUUAGAUUAGGUCAAUUAGUCGGUUACGUGUCUGCAGGUACAGUUGAAUACUUAUACUCGCAUGACGAGGAUAAGUUCUACUUCUUGGAAUUAAACCCAAGAUUACAAGUGGAGCAUCCAACUACCGAAAUGGUCACAGGUGUGAACUUACCAGCAGCUCAGUUGCAAAUUGCAAUGGGUAUCCCAAUGCAUAGAAUUAGAGACAUUAGAUUGCUUUACGGUGUCGAUCCAAAGAGCGCCUCGGAGAUUGAUUUCGAAUUUUCCACUCCAGAAUCUUCCAAGACUCAAAGAAAACCAAUCCCUAAGGGUCACUGUACUGCUUGUCGUAUCACUUCUGAAGAUCCAAAUGAAGGUUUCAAGCCAUCAGGUGGUGCUUUACACGAACUAAACUUCCGUUCUUCUUCUAACGUUUGGGGUUAUUUCUCUGUUGGUAAUAACGGUGGUAUCCACUCGUUCUCAGAUUCUCAAUUUGGUCAUAUUUUCGCCUUCGGAGAGAAUAGACAGGCUUCCAGAAAGCAUAUGGUUGUUGCAUUGAAGGAGUUAUCGAUUAGAGGUGAUUUCAGAACUACUGUUGAAUAUUUGAUCAAAUUGUUGGAGACUGAAGACUUCGAAGACAACACCAUCACUACUGGUUGGUUAGAUGAUUUGAUCUCCCAAAAGAUGACAGCUGAAAAGCCUGAUCCAACUCUAUCAGUCAUCUGUGGUGCAGCAACCAAGGCUCACAUUGCCUCAGAACAAGCCAGACAAGAAUAUAUUGCUUCCUUGAAAAGAGGUCAAGUUCCUAACAAAUCCUUGUUACAAACCAUGUAUCCUAUAGAGUUCAUUCACGAUGGAAUGAGAUACAAAUUCACUGUUGCUAAAUCUGCAGAUGACCGUUACACCCUAUUUAUUAAUGGUUCGAAGUGUGAAGUUGGUGCAAGAAAACUUUCCGACGGUGGUUUACUAAUUGCAGUUGGUGGUAAAUCCCAUACUAUCUACUGGAAGGAAGAGGUUUCUGCUACAAGACUAUCCAUUGAUUCCAAGACUACCCUAUUAGAGGUCGAAAAUGAUCCUACUCAAUUAAGAACCCCAUCGCCAGGUAAGUUGGUGAAGUUUUUAGUUGAAAAUGGCGACCAUGUCAUUGCAGGACAACCUUAUGCUGAAGUUGAAGUUAUGAAAAUGCAAAUGCCAUUGAUUUCUCAAGAAAAUGGUAUUGUUCAACUUUUGAAACAACCUGGUUCGACUCUUGCAGCUGGUGAUAUUCUUGCCAUUUUAUCUUUGGAUGAUCCAAGUAAGGUAAAACACGCAAAGCCAUACGAAGGUAUGUUACCUGAAAUGGGCUCACCAAUUGUUGAAGGUACCAAGCCAGCUUACAAGUUCAAAUCUUUAGUCACUACCUUGGAAAAUAUUUUGAAGGGAUAUGAUAACCAAGUUAUUAUGAAAACUUCCUUGCAACAGUUGAUUGAAGUAUUGAGACAACCAGAGCUUCCUUAUUCUGAAUGGAAAUUGCAGGUUUCUGCCUUGCAUUCCAGGCUUCCUCCUCAUUUAGAUGAACAACAAGAACAACUAGUUAGCCGCUCUUUCAAGAGAGGUGCUGAUUUCCCAGCAAGACAAUUGGGUAAGAUGUUUGAAGCUGCUCUAAAUGACCCUAAUGUCGAUCCACUUUUCCACACCACCAUCGAACCGCUUCUUGACAUCACUAAUCGUUAUUCUAACGGUUUGGCUUCUCAUGAACAUUUCGUGUUUGCGACGUUCUUAGAGAAUUAUUACAAUGUCGAAAAGUUGUUCUCGGGCUCCAAUGUUCGUGAAGAAGAUGUCAUCUUAAGACUACGUGAUGAGAACCCAGAUGAUUUGGACAAGGUUGUUCUGACUGUUCUUGCCCAUUCUAGAGUUUCUGCCAGAAACAACUUGAUAUUGGCAAUUUUGAAGCAUUACCAACCUUUGUGCAAAUUGAAGUCUGAAAUUGCUGCCGCCAUUGAGAAACCAUUAAAGCAUAUUGUCGAAUUGGAAUCAAAGGCUACUGCAAAGGUUGCUCUACAAGCCAGAGAAAUUUUAAUUCAAGGUGCUCUACCAUCCAUUAAGGAGAGAACGGACCAAAUUCAAUACAUAUUAAAGUCUUCUGUUUUGAGCACUUCAUAUGGUUCGACUGAAAGCAAACGCACUAAACCUGAUUUAGAAGUUUUGAAGGACUUGAUUGACUCAAACUACGUCGUGUUUGAUGUUUUAUCUCAAUUUUUGACUAACUCUGACGACGCUGUUGCAGCCGCAGCCGCUGAAGUCUACAUCAGAAGAGCAUACAGAGCUUACACAAUUGGGGACUUGAUGCAUUUCAAGACCUCUGGCUCUCCAGUGGUCGAAUGGAAGUUCCAACUACCAUCUGCAGCAUUUACUUCUAUGCCUCAAGUCAAGAGUAAGUUGGGUAUGAACAGAGCAAUCUCCGUUUCCGAUUUGACAUACGUUUCCGAAGGCGAGAACCAACCACUGAGAACUGGUUUGUUGAUUCCUGCCAAACAUCUUGAUGAUGUUGACGGAAUCCUAUCAUCUGCUCUCUCUAUGAUUCCUCCUCACCAUGUGUCUACUGGACCAGCUCCAGAUAGAUCAGGCUCUUCUUCUGCUAGCUUGUCUAAUGUUGCCAAUGUUGUGGUUAAUUCUACUGAAGGAUUUGAAUCUGAGUCUGAAGUGUUACUAAGAUUAAAGGAGAUCUUAGACUUGAACAAACAGGCUCUUGUAGAAUCUGCUAUCCGUCGUAUCACAUUUGUGUUUGGUUACAGCGAUGGUACUUAUCCAAAAUACUAUACUUUCCGUGGUCCAAACUACAAUGAAGAUGAGACUAUUCGUCAUAUAGAACCUGCAUUGGCUUUCCAACUUGAGUUGGGUAAAAUGUCGAACUUUAACAUUAGACAAAUCUUUACCGAGAACAGAAACAUCCACGUAUAUGAAGCUGUUGGUAAGAACUCUCCUGUAGACAAGAGAUUCUUCACAAGAGGUAUCAUUAGAACCGGUCGUAUUCGCGAUGACAUCUCAAUUGUUGAAUAUUUGACUUCUGAAGCAAAUAGAUUGAUGAGUGACAUCUUGGAUAACUUAGAAAUUAUCGACACCUCCAAUUCCGACUUGAAUCAUAUCUUCAUCAACUUUUCUGCUGUUUUCGAUGUUUCUCCAGAAGAUGUGGAAGCUGCAUUCGGUGGCUUCUUGGAAAGAUUUGGUAGAAGAUUAUUGAGACUUCGUGUUGCUGCUGCCGAGAUUAGAAUCAUCAUCAAAGACCCUCAAACAGGUACACCAGUUCCCCUAAGAGCUUUGAUUAACAAUGUUUCUGGAUUUGUUGUCAAAACUGAAUUGUACACGGAAGUGAAGAAUGCCCAAGGUGAGUGGAUCUUUAAGUCUUUAGACAAGCCUGGUUCCAUGCACUUAAGACCAAUUGCAACACCAUACCCCGCUAAGGAGUGGUUGCAACCUAAGCGUUACAAGGCCCAUCUAAUGGGUACUACUUAUGUUUACGAUUUCCCCGAAUUGUUCCGCCAAGCUAUUGUUACUCAAUGGAAGAAGUAUUCUCCAAAGAAGAAAUUGUCUGAUGACUUCUUUAUUGCUAACGAAUUGAUUGAAGACGAAAAUGGAGAACUCACUGAAGUUGAUCGUGAAUUAGGUGCAAACAACAUUGGUAUGGUUGCUUUCAAGGUGACAGCUAAGACUCCAGAAUACCCACAUGGUCGUCAAUUCGUGAUUGUUGCAAACGAUAUCACCUACAAAAUCGGUUCUUUCGGUCCACAAGAAGAUGAAUUCUUCAACAAGGUUACUGAGUAUGCAAGAAAGAGAGGUAUUCCACGUGUCUACUUGUCUGCCAACUCUGGUGCUAGAAUUGGCAUUGCUGAAGAGUUGGUUCCAUUAUUCCAAAUUGCAUGGAAUGAUGAAAAAGAUCCUUCUAAGGGUUUCCAAUACUUAUGGCUCACAGAUGAAGCUUUGGAAGAACUCAGAGCCCAAGGUAAGGAAAACUCUGUUGUUACUCAACGUGUUGUCGAAGAAGGAAAGGCAAGAAAUAUUAUCACUGCUAUUAUUGGUAGCGAAGAUGGUCUUGGUGUUGAGUGUUUGAAGGGUUCAGGUUUAAUUGCCGGUGCAACUUCUAGGGCUUACAAGGACAUCUUCACUAUUACUUUAGUGACUUGUAGAUCGGUUGGUAUUGGUGCAUACUUGGUUAGACUAGGUCAAAGAGCAAUUCAAAUUGAAGCUCAACCUAUCAUCUUGACCGGUGCUCCUGCUAUUAACAAGCUUUUGGGUAGAGAAGUUUACUCAUCUAACUUGCAAUUGGGUGGUACUCAAAUCAUGUACAACAAUGGUGUUUCUCACUUAACUGCCCCUGAUGAUCUAGCUGGUGUUGAGAAGAUCAUGAAUUGGUUAUCUUAUAUUCCUGCUAAGAGAGAUCUUCCUGUUCCUAUUUUAGAAUCUGACGAUAAAUGGGAUAGACUUGUCGACUUUACACCAACAACCAACGAGCAAUAUGAUGUUAGAUGGAUGAUUGAAGGUCGUGAGACUGACGAAGGUUUCCAAUAUGGUUUGUUCGAUAAAGGCUCCUUCCAAGAAACUUUGUCUGGCUGGGCUAGAGGUGUUGUUACUGGUAGAGCUCGUUUAGGUGGUAUUCCAUUAGGUGUUAUUGCUGUCGAAACACGUAUCGUUGAAAAUCUAAUUCCAGCUGAUCCAGCUAACCCAGAUUCCACCGAAAUGUUGAUUCAAGAGGCUGGUCAAGUGUGGUAUCCAAACUCCGCUUUCAAGACAGCCCAAGCUAUCAACGAUUUCAACCACGGUGAGCAAUUGCCUCUAAUGAUUCUAGCAAACUGGAGAGGUUUCUCUGGUGGUCAACGUGAUAUGUACAAUGAAGUCUUGAAAUACGGUUCUUUCAUUGUCGAUGCUCUAGUAGAUUAUAAACAACCAAUCAUUACUUACAUUCCACCAACUGGUGAAUUAAGAGGUGGUUCUUGGGUUGUUGUUGAUCCAACUAUUAAUGCUGACCAAAUGGAAAUGUAUGCUGAUAUCAAUUCUAGAGCUGGUGUUCUAGAACCUGAAGGUAUGGUUGGUAUCAAAUACCGUAGAGAAAAGUUGCUAGCUACUAUGGCUAGGUUGGACGACAAGUAUAGAGCUUUGAAGGACAGAUUCGCAAACCCUGACUUAACCCCAGAGGAACACCAACAAGUCUCUAAGGAGCUUGCUGAACGUGAGAAGCAACUACUACCAAUCUAUCACCAAAUCACUGUUCAAUUCGCUGAUUUACAUGAUAGAUCUGGUCGUAUGUUGGCAAAGGGUGUAAUCAGAAAAGAGCUGAACUGGCCAGAAUCCCGUCGUUUCUUCUUCUGGAGAUUAAGAAGAAGAUUAAAUGAAGAGUACCUAAUGAGAAGAUUGAACAAUGAGCUAGGAUCAGCCUCAAGAUUGGAGAAGAUGGCUAGAAUUAGAUCAUGGUACCCUGCAUCCGUCAGCUUGGAUGACGAUAGACAAGUUGCUACUUGGAUCGAAGAGAACUAUCAACUCCUAGAUGAACAAAUCAAGAGUGUUAAGCUAGAAGCCUUUGCACAAAACUUGGCUAAAUCUAUCAGAAAUGACCAUGAUAACUCUAUUAACGGUUUGGCUGAAGUCUUGAAGCUCUUAUCUGUUAAGGACAAAGAAAAGCUUCAAAAGGCUUUGGAAUGA